ACACRAUGAUCACGUGACCAUAACGAUACAGUCACUGCACAGCUGAGAGAGAUGCGAGCAAGUCAGCUAACUGUCAUAAAUCCGUGAAAAAUACACCGUUUCUGCAAGAAGACGGGGAGAUGGUUACGAACGAAUAAAUUAUCCAGCCAAUGGAGCAGAUACACGACUUGCCAUCAUAUAUUGUAUUCCUCCCAAAACAUCGUUUUAUGUCUAAAUGUCAAUGUCAUUCUCGUCUCUAGCUAGCCAAAUAGCUAGCUAAGGCCAGGGGGAGCUGGUGUCGACUAUACGUCCAAACAGUUGCCCACAGCAGUGGGAGGAGAGGCGUGUCACCCACACCAGCGUGCCAUGACUACACCAGGCUGCUGCCACCUGCCUGGCUCCCUGUGUGACUACUCAGGCAGCGCUGCCGACCUGCCCAAGGAGGUAGAGGAGCCAGAUGCCGGCCAGGCCCAGUACGUCGCUAAGGUUACGGCCAAAGAUGGCCGCCCACUCUCCACUGUUGUCAAGGCUAUGGGCUCACAGAGUAAUGAAGGCAUGUGUCGGAUCUGCCACGAGGGGGCCGGUGGUGAGAUGCUGCUCUCCCCUUGCAGCUGCACAGGGACCCUGGGUAAGGUGCACAAGAGCUGCCUGGAGAAAUGGCUGUCCUCCUCCAACACCAGCUACUGUGAGCUCUGCCACACCGAGUUCACCGUCGAAAAGCGACCCCAGCCCCUCACACAGUGGUUGCGGGACCCAGGCCCUCGCAGUGAGAAGCGCACGCUUCUGUGCGACAUGGCCUGCUUCAUGCUCAUCACGCCACUGGCGGCCAUCUCUGGCUGGCUGUGUCUGAGGGGAGCCCAGGACCACCUGACCCUCAACAGCCGGCUGGAGGCUGUGGGCCUCAUCGCCCUCACCAUUGCUCUCUUUACCAUCUACGUUCUCUGGACACUGGUAUCGUUCCGCUAUCACUGUCAGUUAUACUCGGAGUGGAGGAGGACCAAUCAGAAAGUGCGCCUGCUCAUGCCUGAAAUUAAAGGAGCGCACUCUACCCAACAUUCCGUCCCAACCAAGUCGACCAAGAAAAUGACUGACGAGACCAUCGUAUGAGCGCUGUGGUCUCACUUAAAAAAAAGUGUAAUAUAUCUUGAACUUCUGCACUUGUAGACCAUUCUGGGGAUUAUUUCUCCAUAUUCUCUAUUAUUUGAAACACUUGAGCCCAGAUAUUAACUAUAACCAGUGGUUUUGGGACGUGUUGGACUCGUGGAAUGAAGUGUCACUGAUGUCAUCGCUGGAUUAUGAACACUGGCCUGGAAAAUCAGGACACAAACGGAAGGACACAGCUAAUGUAGCGGGAUGUAACUGAUGCAGCAUGUUAAUACAGUAUAUUUGAAACAUACUACCCCCCUUCACAAUGUAUUUAGCUGUUUUUGGAAAACUGGCAUCCAAUAGCCCUAUGAAUUUACUCUCUCAGAACAAUGACCAUGUGAACAACCAAGUCUAAAUAUGAUGUUUUCUGUUGUUAACUCUUUGCUCUUUGGAAGCUGGUAGAAGUGGGAGAGAGAAGAAGGGAACAAACUGCAGUGUUUUGGAGUGGGCUUUGGAUUGUCAGUCAAUGUAUGCAGGGUAUGCAAAAUCAUUUUAUGUUGCACUCCCUUGAGUAAGCUGGGUCAUUGUGCAAUAAAACAUAAGGGACUCUUGGUCUUUGCAGUCGGCA